GUAGAACAAAGACAUCACAUAUAUAGACAAGCAUCAUGUCAUUGAUAAGAAAAAGGCAACAUAUAGAGGCUCUAGAAUCCAACAAAAGACAAGCUGUAAAUCCAGAGACAUCAUUAUCACCGAUCGCUAAACUCUACGACACGUCGUCCAAACAAAUUCACAUAACUAUUCCCAGACCAAAGGAGUCUGGUGUUAUAAUAGUUGGGCGUAGUGGCUCUUGUGAUGUGAAAUUAUCUGGAGCAGAUGUAUCUUCCAAGCAUUGUCGAUUUACAAUAAUCGACGCCCUGGCACGACAGUACCUUAGUGUGACCGAUUUGAGCAGUAAUGGAUUAUAUGUUAAUGAUGACAUACUUGGAAAGGGACUGAGUACCAUUUUGAAAAGUGGUGAUAAGUUGGGGUUUGCCAAGACUGGUGGAGAAUAUAUAUUCAAGUAUAUUGUGGAUGCCAAAGCUACCAAGAAGAAACUGGUAGUGGUGAGGUCGUUCUUUGAUGAUUACAUUAUUGGGAAACAAUUAGGUUCAGGACAUUAUGCUGUUGUUAAAGAAGCAAAGAAUAAACUCACCGGCGAAAUAGUGGCUGUCAAGAUUUUCCAUCCUAAUAAAGUUGGGAAUCAAAAGGAAGAAGAGAAAUUACAACAGGAAAUGAACUUGUUGUUGUCGAUAAAUCACCCUAAUAUUGUCAAAUUUGUGUCGCAUUAUAUUGAACCUAUAAACCAGCAUUCCCUGAACACGUACUUGGUAUUGGAGAAAAUGAACAGCGGAGAAUUGUUUCAAAGGAUUGUUAAUAAGGGCAAAUUAUCACCAAAUGAAACCAAAGCUAUAUUUACACAACUCUUGUCCGGCCUAGAUUAUCUCCAUGACAAUAACAUUAUUCAUCGAGACAUAAAACCAGAAAACAUUUUACUUGAUAUAACACCUAAAAACAAUCCCAAGCAAAUCCUGACUGGACCUUGGGAUGAAGACGAAUAUGAUAUCAAGGUCAAGAUUGCUGACUUUGGAUUAGCUAAGUUUAUUGGAGAAUUGAAAUUUACAAACACUUUAUGUGGAACACCAGCAUAUGUUGCUCCAGAAAUCUUAAAGAAUGAUCGUCAUUAUACUACAAAAGUUGACUUGUGGUCUACGGGAGUGUUGCUUUACGUGUGUCUUUGUGGAUUCCCUCCUUUCAGUGACGAGUUGGGUCCUCCCACAAUGAAGGAACAAAUUCUUUCAGGAACAUAUGCAUUUUAUUCUCCAUAUUGGGAUGAUAUAAGUGAUAUUGUCCUAGAUUUAAUAUCGAAUUUAUUGGUUGUCGAUGCCAAUGAAAGAUUUAGUGUUAAACAGACGUUGAACCAUUAUUGGUUUAGUGAAUCAGAAAGUGAGAGCGAAGAGAAUGAUGUGGUUCCUGAAUUAGAGACAAGCGAAGAUAGAAGUAAUUCUAUAAUUGAACCAUCUUCGCAAAUUAAACGAAUGUCAGUAAGAUCAAAUACCCAACCAUUAACUUUGAAAGAGAAGUUCACUUCUGAUAUGAGUAUGUCUGUAUUAUAAGCUAUGUACAAGAUUUUAUAUAAUAUUUGUAGUAUUUAAUUCCUGAAUUUCAUAAUUCCGAGUAGUGAAAAAUGUAGUCAAUAACUGUUUGUUCAUUAGCAUAGAUUGUUUGAUAUCAUCUGGCAUAUUUAUGUUCUUCUUGACUUUAGCAAUUUUUGCUCUAAGUUCAGUAAGUUUAGUUAAAAUAUCAAAUGCUUUAACUUUGUUGUUUAAUUUCCAAUAACAGUCGAAUUGUCCAAUAAGACAAGCAACGUCAUUAGCUGCUUCCACACCUAAUCUAAACCAUUCAAGACUUUUGUCGUAAUUUUGAAACAUGUUUAAUUCCAAGAACCCUAAACUCUGAAAUGCGUCUUUCAAUCCUCGAGAUGCCGAGAUUUCCCAAUGAUAUUUGGCAAUCCGUGGAUCAACCUCAACAUAUAACUGACCCAAAUAAUAAUGGGCUUUUAUCGUGAAAUUGUCAACUUCACCAAACUUGAUACCUUUCUCAAAAUAGUACUUAGCCUGGGAUAACUCUGGUUUAUUAAAAUAGAAUAAUCCCAAAUUACAAUAUACAUGACUAGCCAUGAUAGUAUCGUUUUCAAGCUCGAUGAAUUUAAUCCAAUAGUCAUGAGCUUGAUCGUGGAAUCCUCGCUUGUAUGCUAAGUCACCCCCCAUUUUGAAUACUAAUGGAUGUUUAAUAUCUGUAAGUUGUUUAAUUAAUUCGUUGGCACUGUUAAAAUCUUCCUUGGUUAUAUCUUUGUCUCCUUUUAACUUCUUUUCAAUAGUUUCGAAGGCAAGGAUGGUAAUAGCGUCAUUAUCACCCAAUUCUGCCGCUUGCUCAAUUAAUUCGUUUUCCAACAAGACUAAACGAGGAUGUAUUGUUCCUGUGGUGGAUCGUACUGUUGUCAAUACGUUUUUGAACGUCAUCAAGUCGUAUGAUUUGACAUAGGAAGGUAAGAGGAUAUCAUCGGGGUUGUCAAGGUUGCUGUAGAUAGAGUUGAGAACUGGGAUCAUUUUCUUGUAUGGUAAUCUUGAGUCAUUGUCAAAUAAAAGCUUGUUGAGAGUUCGUUUGGAAGGAAGGAUUGAAAGCAAAGUGGGACUUGAAGUAGUUACCUCAGUAGAGUAUGACCGUAGUGGAUGUAGGAAAGGGCGUAUGCGAAUCAUGGUAU